GUGCCAUCUGCUUUGGCAAGCGCUAUGACCACAAUGACCAAGAGCUGCUCAGCGUGGUGAACCUCAGCAAUGAAUUUGGGGAUGCAGCUGCUUCUGGCAACCCUGCUGACUUCAUCCCCAUGCUUCAGUAUCUUCCCAGCCGCACCAUGCAGCUUUUCAAGGACAUCAACAGGCGUUUCAGCCUCUUUGUGCAAAAAAUUGUCAAGGAGCAUUAUACCAGCUUUGAUAAGGAGCACAUCAGGGACAUCACGGACUCGCUGAUUGAGCACUGCCAGGAGAAGAACAUAGAAGAGGAUGCCCGAGUCCCACUCUCCAAUGAGAAGAUCAUCAACAUUGUCAAUGACCUCUUUGGGGCAGGCUUUGACACUGUGGCAACUGCCUUAUCCUGGAGCCUCAUGUAUGUUGCCUUGUACCCCGACAUCCAGAAGAAGAUUCAGGAAGAACUAGAUCAGACCAUCGGCUGGGAGAGAAGACCAAGACUGUCAGACCGGAGCAUGCUGCCUUACACAGAAGCCUUUAUCCUGGAGAUGUUCAGGCACUCCUCCUUCAUGCCCUUCACCAUCCCGCACAGUACGACGAAAGCGACGGUGUUGAACGGCUAUUACAUCCCCAAGGACACCUGCGUGUUUAUCAACCAGUGGCAAGUGAAUCACGAUGAGAAGCUUUGGAAGGAUCCCUCAACUUUCAACCCUGAGCGAUUCCUCAAUGCUGCAGGGACCGAAAUAAGCAGAACGGAGAGUGACAAAGUGAUGACUUUUGGCUUGGGGAAGAGGCGAUGCAUCGGGGAGACCAUCGGCCGGUGGGAGGUCUUCCUUUUCUUGGCCACCAUACUGCAGCAGCUGGAGUUCAGCCUCUGCCCUGGGGCGGAGGUGGACAUCACUCCUCAGUAUGGACUGACAAUGAAAUACAAGAAAUGCGAGUGUUUCCAGAUUAAGAAGCGUUCCCCCAUGAAGAAUUCUCCAUAAGCUGUGGGAGGAAGGAUCGCUUUGCAGAAGAAAGCCAGCCCUCAGCAUCGGACACUCAGCCUGCUUUUGCUAACGCUCUCUAGAAGCCAGCACGGCCCCUCACCUAUGUUGUAUCACUGGAGGCUUGUUCAUCUCAUGUAAGUGUGAGCGGGGAGGGAUAAAGCUGGCUUUGGGCUUCUUGCAGCCCCCAUGGCCAGCUCCAUCACCUACAGAAAACCUCAUCGGAGGUCCAGCCUGCUCAUCCCACUUGAGGAGGUCCAGGGGGACUGCAGCCCUGUGGUGGGGAUGCUUUGGGUUGGGAGAAGCCGUGCAAGAUGUUGGUAGGAGGUGUCCUUACCCUGCCCAGUGCUGUGGGCAGAGCCAGAGC